GUUCAACUUUGUGGACGACAUCAACUCACUUUCACUCAUUCACGCUCAUUCAUGAAAUCUAGCCUUUUCAAUUGAAGGCGUUUCCUAUAAUCCGUCUUUCUUUGACCUGUCUCACAAUGGAGCCCAACGAUAUCCGAAACAUUGGCGGCUCGGCUAGAAACCUUGCCAGCCUUCGCCAGCAACAAGAGGAAUUUCAUCGACGACUAGGGGGACCAGAUCGUGUCUCCCGACCACCACAGGGCCGCGCCGGAGACCCAGUCCGAGCCGGAAUUCAAGGACCUGCCGAGCCUUUCGCAGACAUAAAUGCCGGCAGACCUGACUUAUUUCCUACUCCGCAAGACCACACAGCAACCGAAGAGGAUACCGAGCGUACUGAGCUUGGUGAUGAUGGUCCCGACGGUAUCGAAGAGGAUGACCAAGAGAACGGAGAGGAAGACGGUGAAGAAGAUGAAGAGGAGGGUCACGAAGAAGAUGCACCUUUCGAUGCCUCCGCAGUCGGCUUGAAGGAGAUUAGCAAUCUCGCCAGUUUCACUGUCAGCAGCUACAAGCCCGGUUGUGGUGUCAAGGAGCUGCGCGAUGAUGACGUCAACCAGUUCUGGCAAUCUGAUGGCCCUCAGCCCCAUCGAUUGAACAUCCACUUCAUCAAGCGCGUGGAGAUUCGCGCCAUCCGACUCUACUUGGACUACGAACUCGACGAGAGUUACACGCCUACUAAAAUUCAGGUCAAUGGUGGUUGGAGCCCCAACUUCACUAUUCCGUUCACAACCAUGGAGCUCAACACGCCCAAGGGUUGGAUCGACGUUCCCAUCGCCGGAGCUGGCGGCGGCCCUGACGGUAACUCAAUGUGCUGCUGGUUUGUUCGUAUCAUCGUUCUCGAGAACCACCAGAAUGGCAAGGACACGCACAUUCGCGGAAUCAAGGUUUACGCUCUAGACGACGCCGCCGAUACAGCGGAGAACAACCCUCUGGAGGAGAUGGUGGAGGCAAUCGACGACUUCGAUGACCGUAUGGAGCUCAUGAAUAUCCACGACCACGACGAAGAGGCGAUGUCAAGAAUUGCGGCUGCUAAAAAGAAACGCAAGGAGAGCGCCAAGAAGUACACGCCCGGCGACGGUGGACUGACCAUUCCCGAUUUCAUGAGGGAGCCCGAGAUUCGCUGAACGGAGCUCAAGUGUCUAAUAAGUCAAGUUCACAUUUCAAGGCAUGGAGGCGUUCUGGGAUACCGGUUGGUCAGGUUGAUGAUACCCUAUGGUUGCUUUUGAUUCACAUUGCAUUAAGGAACGGAAAAGCAUGUGCCUUUUAUUGCUACGAGGCAGGACGACAGUGUCCCUAAAAUUUCCCCAACACCAGAUAGGUGAUCUCGUUUUCGGAUCGACCUUUAAUCCCCUUCAAUUCACUGCCCCAGUUCCCCAAUAAAAACAGGGUUGAACCAUG